AUACAGACACAUGACUCACACGUAAAUCGCAAGAACAAAACUGCACACACACUCUCUCUCUCUCUCUCUAUCUCAUCUGUCGUCUACAACAAUGGCGAAGCUGAUGUCAGUAAGUGGAGUUCUUGUGCUGAUGAUGUCAGUGUUGUUGUCGUGUAGUGAGUACAGUGUGUGUGAAGAAAAGAUUGGAAUCUACGAACUUAAAAGAGGAGAUUUCUCUGUCAAAUUCACCAACUAUGGCGCUGUUAUGAUCUCUCUCCUCACCCCUGACAAAAACGGGAAGGUAGACGACGUCGUUCUAGGGUUUGAUUCCCCUGACGGUUACAAGAAUGAUACGACCUACUUUGGGGCGAUCGUGGGAAGAGUGGCGAACAGAAUCGGUGGGGCGAAAUUCAUGCUCAAUGGCCAUCUUCACAAAUUAGCCCCCAAUGACGGCAAAAACACUCUCCAUGGUGGGAAAAAGGGAUUCAGUGAUGUGGUCUGGAAAGUCCAAAGCUACAAACCAGACAGUCACAUUACCUUCACUUACGACAGCUUCGAUGGCGAAGAAGGUUUCCCGGGAGAUGUGUCGGUGAAGGUGACGUACAUGCUGAUGGAGACGAACAAGCUCGGGGUGAAAAUGGAGGCGAAGCCACUGAGCAAGCCAACGCCCAUUAACUUGGCUCUCCACACUUACUGGAACUUGAAGGGACAGAGCUCCGGCGACAUCCUCUCUCACGACAUCCAACUCUUCGCCUCCCACAUCACUCCCGUCGACGACCAACUCAUCCCCACCGGAAAGAUCUCCGCCGUCGCCGGAACCCCUUACGACUUCCUCGGCUCCCGCCCCAUCGGCAGCCGAAUCGACGAGCUUCCCGGCGGCUACGACAUCAAUUACGUCAUCGACGGAGAAUCUGGGCAUCUCAGGCGGACGGCGGUGGUGACGGAGAGCGUUUCCGGUCGGAGAAUGGAGCUGUGGUCGAACCAGGUCGGCGUCCAGUUCUACACCAGCAACAUGUUGACGAGCGUGCGAGGCAAAGGCGGGUACGUUUACAGCAAGUACGGAGGGCUGUGUCUGGAGACGCAAGGGUUUCCCGAUUCGGUGAAUCAUGAGAAUUUCCCCUCUCAGAUUGUGAACCCUGGAGACACUUACUUGCAUGUUAUGGUCUUCAGAUUCACUGCCCAUUGAUCCUUUUUUUUUUCUCCUUAGUUGUAAGUGAAUAAUUUUGUGAGCAGUUCCUGCUUUUGAGGAAUAAUCAAUCUAAGCUGAAAUGAUUUGAAAUCCCAUUCGAUAA